AUGCAGCUUCUUUUAAAUAGGUUGGAAUCAGAGUAUCAUAUUAUAUUUUGUGCGAGUUUGUUUGUGCAUAGCAGGUGUUUGAAGAAAUUCCCCACAACCAUAAACGAAACUCAUGGGCAAGAAAGGAGGGGCAAAAAAACUGGAGUCUGUGUCUCAUGCUCCAAUAUCAUUGAGGGAAGAAGCCUCUGGGAAAAUACAAACCAAGGCAACCACUAACACCAAGUCCAAAUUGAGAUUUGAUCACUUAAAGAACCUAGCCGUAUGGGCCUCCACCAACGACCCUCUCAUACCGUCUUUGGGUGCCUUCUACGGACACCAAUUCGCCAACUUUGGAGAAGCCAACGGGAUUCCUCCUGAUUCUUCUCUAAUAACUUGCCAAAGAUGCGAAACUGUUCUUGAACCUGGCUUUAAUUCAACUGUAAGAAUUGAGAAGAAUAAAUCGAAGGUCAGGCAUAAGAACAAGAAGUCUGGUAGCAUCACUCAAAACAACGUAGUGUACAAAUGUCAUUUCUGUUUGCAUCAGAAUCUGAAGAGAGGGACUCCCAAGGGACACAUAAAAGGAAUCUAUCCAUCAAAAGAUAAAUCAAGGUUAGAGACAAUACCUCCAUCAAAAUUCAUCACAAGUGAGACUUCUGAAUUAGAGAAAGACACUGUAAGUAAUGGUGAAAUCAAUAAUGAGAUAAAUGUGUUUCCUUCAAGUACAAAUACAGUAUCUUUGACAGAAGGAAGGAAGAGAAAGCAAGAUAGUUUCUUGUCCAAGAAUACCAUUAAAACUACCAACAUGUCUUCAAAAGAAGUAGCAAAAUCUGCAGGUACGUCCAGCAAAAGACGAAGAAAAUCUUGGACUAGUUUAAAGGAAAUUGCACAAAAGAACGAGCAAAACAGUCAAAUUGCUAACUUCACAAUCCCAUUCAUUUUAAAGUAGGAAGAUUUUCUGUGUAUGGUUAAUUGAUUUUUUUUUCUUACAUAGUGUCUGCAGACUCUUUGCUUUAUCACUUGUUGCACUUUCAAGUAAUUUUGAGGUUCUGAUGAAGAAGUUCUGUUUUGAUCGUGCA